CGAACAGAGAUUUUGCUACAACAAAGUUAGCCAUGUCAAGUAUGGACGAGACUUCAGCUGAGUCUGCGGAGGUUAAAGAAGACAAGGAGUUUGAUGUGGAAGCGGAGGAGAAAUUUAAGGACGAUUACGGUGUUGAUCCGACUCGAUACAUGUUUUACAGAGACAGGAAGGAGUGGGCCGAUCUGGAGCCUGUUCCACAAGAUGACGGCCCUAAUCCUGUAGUGAAGAUUGCCUACUCUGAAAAGUUUUCAGAUGUUUACGACUAUUUCCGUGCACUUCUAAAGAAAGAUGAAAGGAGUGAUAGAGCCUUCGCUUUGACUGCAGAUGCCAUUGAGUUGAAUGCUGCCAACUACACAGUGUGGCACUACAGGCGAGUGCUACUGCAAGCUCUGUCCAAGGACCUGAGGGAGGAAAUGAGAUACAUCACCAACAUUAUUGAGGAGCAACCCAAGAACUACCAAGUCUGGCAUCACAGACGUAUGGUGGUGGAGUGGCUGAACGAUCCCUCAGAGGAACUGGAGUUCAUCGCUCAGAUUCUCAGCCAGGAUGCAAAGAACUACCACGCCUGGCAGCACCGACAGUGGGUCAUCCAGGAGUAUAAACUUUGGGACAACGAGCUGGAGUUUGUGGAGAAUCUUUUGGAAGAAGAUGUGAGGAAUAACUCUGCAUGGAACCAGAGGCAUUUUGUUAUUUCUCACACCACCGGCUUCUCUGAUCCAGCUGUUGUGGAAAGAGAAAUCCAGUAUUGUCUGAACCAGAUCAAGAAAGCUCCUCACAAUGAAAGUGCAUGGAAUUAUCUGAAAGGGAUGCUGCAGGACAGAGGGUUCUCAUCUCAGCCAGGUCUGAUGGAAAAGGUCGUGCAGCUGAGGGAGACUCACUGCUCACCUUAUCUUCUUGCUUUUCUCUUUGAUUGUUACGAGGACGCCUUAGAAAAUGGCACCCAACAAGAUAUGGAUGAACAGCAUCAAGAAACUUUGAAGAAGGCUUUAGAAAUCUGUAAGCUUCUGGCGCAGCAGAAAGACACCAUUCGUAAGGAGUACUGGCAGUUUUUGGGACGUUCUUUAAUGAACAAAUAUGGAGGCAACGUUUGUCCUGAGGAGCCUGUGGAAAACGAGCCAUCAGUUCCAACAUCUGAAGCCCAAACCAUUAGCUAAACCUCCAUAAGUUUCUCUGUUCCCUCUUACUUUCAUAUCAUGUUAAUGCUUUUGGAUGAAUAAACUCCUUAGGUUUAAUAUUAUAACUGUUUGUGUAUUAGAGCGAUGUCUGAGUAUAUAAUUUCAGUAUACAGUUGUUAAAAAGUUAUACUGACUGCAUGCACACAGAUAUCCAAAUAAAGCCUUGAAAAUUGUUCUUAACAUCUGAUUAGAUGAAACAAACCUGUGUCUGAUGAAGGAGGAACUGUUUACAUGGAGGCUCACAUUUGACUCAAGUCCAGAAAAACCUCCGGACUGUUGAUGUAGGAUCAUUUAUGUGUUUGUGUUUAAAACAAGGCUACACAAAACUAGUUUACUGUAACACUGUCAUUUGUAAAACUAUUCCUUGAUAAUAAAAAGAUGGGGGUGGCUGUG